CCUCCUCCUUGUCCUCCCUGUCCUCACUCAGCUCAGACUUUGAAGUCACAGACAGGAGCAGGACACAGAUUUUGCAGGAACUCACACGACAAUGGCAGCUCCAUUGCACAGCUCGAGUUUCAGCAUCAGUGAACCCGGGACCAGCCAUGGGCUUGGAAACCAAGACUCCAGAGAGUCACAACUAAGACUAGUCUUAGUGGGUAAGACCGGAGCCGGAAAAAGUGCCACAGGGAACAGCAUCCUUGGGAAGAAAGCGUUUCAUUCCACCAUCGCAGCAAAAUCCAUCACCAAGGUCUGUGAGAAAGGGAGCUGCAUGUGGAGUGGGAGAGAAAUAGUGGUCGUGGACACACCUGGCCUUUUUGACACCGAGGUGCCAGAUGCUGACACACAGAAGGAGAUUGCUCGUUGCAUCCUCCUGACAUCCCCAGGGCCUCAUGCACUGCUCCUGGUGGUCCCACUGGGCCGGUACACAAGGGAAGAGCAAGAGGCCGCACAGAAGGUGCUGACAAUGUUUGGUCCAACAGCUAGGAGAUACAUGAUUCUCUUAUUCACCCGAAAGGAUGACUUGGACGGCGUGGAGUUCUGUGAUUACAUAAAGGAAGCCCCAAAAUUCAUUCAGGAUCUGAGGAAGGAUUUCAAGGAUCGCCACUGUUUGUUCAACAAUAAGGCAACAGGGGCUGAGCAGGAGGCCCAGAGGGCACAGCUGCUGCACCUGGUCCAGCACAUGGUGAUGGAGAACGAUGGGGGAUUCUACACUAACGAGAUGUACCAAAGGGCUGAGGAGGAGAUUCAGAAACACAUACGAGUGGUAGAGGAGCAGUGCAGAGCUGAGCUGGAGAGGGAGAAGAAGCAGAUAAUAGAGGAGUAUGAGAAGAAAAUCAGAAACCUGGAGGAUAAACUGGAGCAGGAAAGGAGAAAGGCAGAAAUGGAGCGGGUGUUGGCAGAGAGGGAAAAGCAGUAUGUUUGCAGGCAACGAAAUGCCAGGGGUGAAGUUGAGGGUAAUAGUGGUAUACUUCAGUGCAUCGUGCAAAUAUUCAAGCUUGUCAGUCCUUUGUUACAUUUCUUCUUCAAGUAAAAUUAAGCUCAUUUAAAAUCUAUGUGUUUUUCCCGUGAAUUUUGGCCGCCCCUUCCCUAUAUUAGUCAUCCCCCAAAGUCAGAGCUCUCUGUUUCUGUCCCUCAGGCUCUCAGGACUAGGGAGUGUGGGAAAGUUCACUGUUGACAGUUGAUUGAGUUAACCAGGAACACAGUCUCAAUUUGUAAAAGUUCAGGGGAAAGUAUGGAUGCUCCCUACCUUCUGAACUUUGUCUCAGAUACACGGGAAAAGGAAUGCAGGAGACCAAAAGUCGGUGAGUCCGGGCCUGCUCUACUUAUACUUAGUAACCAUUUCUCUUCCAGAUUCUUUCCAGAUUGGCAGAGAAUCUCUACCUGUGGCUUCUACUUUUUAUUUUUGCCUUUAAGACCUCUGUGAUUAUUUUACCCAUGUGGUUAGGUAAUCUAUAGAUAGAGAUGCUUAUAGAAUUCUUUCUUCAUUAACAUAAAUUUGUUGCAUUACAUCCUAACACAAGGACUGAAAUUGUUCCUUAUCAUCAGCCCCCUGAGGGACAAAGAACUGUUUGAAAAAUGGAUCGCUCAGAACUCAACAAAGUGAAAUGACGGAAAAGGCAAAGGACACGGAUUCAAGAACGUUCAAAAUAUUCAGAUGUUCAUAUAGAAGUGCUUUGACCAGCCUCAAUGUGAGCACGUUGCUAAAAGACUAGUUCUCUCUGUUCCUUGGGAAACGAAAUGAUGCCACUGCACCACCAUCACCCCACACCUUGAUGACUCCCUGCUGGGAGGGUGGUCCCCACACUGCUCCCCAUGCCCUGAAUUGUUUCCUUAGUGUUACUAUAAUAAACCUUUUCUAUUCUUU